UUUUUUUAGUAAAUGAUGAAAACAGCUACUGGUAUUCUACUACCAGUGUCCUCCAUGGUGAGGUGUGGUGCUUCUCGAAACCUCAAGCCAGAUUUCUUGUUUUUGUCGUCAAUCUCUUUGAUGUAUGAUAUCAAUGACUGUCUUUGUAUGGAAAGCAGCGUGUUUUGAAAAACACCUACAAAGACAGUAACAGGGUAGUAACAAAGAGAGAGAGAGACGGUUUGCGGCAGAGAAAGGCAGUUGCAAACUGAGGAGGGGAGGGCCAUCAUGGAAUGCUGUGAUGUCAUCAGCCCAGUCAUACACACAAAGACAAGGAGCCUCUCAGCUUACUUCGCAUACUCUGUUGUAGAGCAGCUGUCUACAUCCUGCUACGCUGCCAAUGAUGACAGGAAACUGACGUCUCAGCGCGUGGGAGAAGCCGACAGUAAAGAAGAUUUAGCUUAUCUUCUCAUGUAUGAGGAUGUCCACUCGCCUUGACUUGUGAUCCAGACGAGCAUCCUUCAGGAGGAAGGAGGCCAUCACCAUGCUGCAGCAGAUCCUUAAUGACAUGUACAUCGACCCCGAUGUGCUGGAGGCCCUCAAUGACGACCAGAAAAAGACUCUUUUUCUGAAGAUGCGCCAGGAGCAAGUGCGACGCUGGAAAGAACGUGAGGAGAAAGUGGAGAAAGAAGGCGGGGAUGCAGAGUACAAGCGAACAAAGCCAAGAAAAGCCAACAGCAAGAAUGUGAGCUGGCUGCUUGGCCGUGACGGAGACGUGGCUGUCAUUGUGAUCGGGGAAGUGGACGAACUGACUUCCAAAUUCAUCUGCUCAGGAUUGGGAGAAAAGAAAGCGCCCAGUGGACACAACAACACAGUAAAUCAAACCAUUUUGAAGAGCAAAAUAAAUGCAGAAGUCACGACUGAGAGAGAAAAUGUGCCUUGUCAGACGCAACCUGAAAUAUCUCUGAAUGUAAAGGCAAAAUGUGAGGAGAGCACUUUACUCCCCCUACCGGUGUCAGUGAGUGAGCACUCAUCAGCAUCCUCAGCUGCUCAGAAGCAGGAGGAGGAGUCAUCCAGCGAGAUCGAGGAGAAGCCCGUCUCCCAGCCCUCCAUCAACCCCAAGCUCCCCAGGAGAACCAACGCUGUCAUUGUGAGGCCAGCCUCUGCAACCGUGGCGCCAGGCCCCAUCAACGCAAGACAAGGGGGCGCAAAUCUGAAGCAGGUCAUCAUGGCGCCAACUCUUCCCCUCCCCAGCGGCGUGGUCAAAGCAGACUGUGGGACAACGUCAGCUUCCAAAGGGGCCUUGCAGUCCCAAGGCCCUGCCAAGAUGAAGGAGCCCCAGCAAGCCAAAGACGCUACGUCCAAUAUGCCCGGCAGGGCGACCUCACUGAAGGUGGUAUCAUCAGGGAGCACGCCAUCCAACGCAGGGCGGGGCAGAGUAGCCCAACUGAUGAAAACCUUCAGCAUCGAUAACCCUCCGACACCCACGCACACACCCUCACGUGGCGUCAAACCCCCUCUUCCCACUAAGCCUAGCCACUUGUGCGUAGCUAGCACUCCUUCUGUCAGGUAAUCCAGCUGCUGAAUAUAAAGAUUCUCAAAAGAAGCCACACUGGACAGUGGGCAGUGGACAGUUGGACGGACACCAGUGAAGAUUGAUAUGUUGCUGUCACUCCAAAAGCACAACAAUGGAAAUGCUUGAAUGUGUUAUCUCUUAAUUGACACCAUGCAACAGUACUGUAAACAUUCUCACUGGGAACAGAAAUUUGGAUUUGCCAACCAAUGCCAAUCGCAUAUUUACUUCCUGUUGAUGGUAUUAUUUAUAUUGGCUCAUGUGUGUCUUCUUAUCAUAUCUGAGAUGGAGCAUGGGGUCAGGUGGAAUAAGGUACGGAAGGACCCUUUGUUUAAUGGUGUGUCACAUGACCUUGCCUCAGUGCAACCUGUUGAGGACCAAUGAUGUUGCCAAAUAUUCCCACCUCUGUCUGUCCCAGUGGAUCAAACCCUGGCAGGUUUGAUGGUCAUUGCCAAAUAAACAGACAUGCUCAGUGUUAUGUCCCAGUUCCAGACUUGUACAUGUUUUUUUUUGUUUUUUUUUUACUUAUUUACAAUAUGUAAUGGACCAUUUUACAGCUUGUACAACAAUACAGUACAUUGGAUGUCAAGAUUGUGUGUUUGGAUCAGAGGCAAUAAAAAGAUGUAUUUAUCUCCA